UGGAAAAUUUUCGAACAUGAUGACAGGAAUACAUAGCGCCUAAACUGAUCUCCAGUUUUUUCUGUUGGCCAUCUUACAAUCUCUUUCUCUCUGUCCAAAUGACAAAGCUGAAAUCAAAGAACAAAAAACCCAUCAAAACCCCCCAACAAUCAUACCCCAAAACCUUAGAAAAGAUCAAGAAACACAAAUCAAAGAAAAACCAACAAAACUCAAAAAGACCUAUAUCCCAAAACCCUAAAAAACCGGACCCGGAAUCCCUCCAAGCCCUUCUUGAACCCUACACAAAGCACCAGCUCAUCAGCUUUUUGAUUGAUUCUGCCCUCAAAACUCCUUCAGUUCACUCCCAGAUUGUCGAGAAAGCCGAAACAGAUGUCUCUCAUAGGAAACUAUUUUUUCAUGGGCUUGGUUGGGACACCACGCGCCAAGCCGUUGUUUUGAGUUUCGAAAAGUAUGGGGAAAUUGAGGACUGUAGUUUGAUUAUUGAUAAGGGGACUGGGAGAGCUAAAGGGUUUGGUUUUGUUGUUUUUAAGUCGAGAGAUGGGGCGAAAAAGGCCUUGGAAGAGGGGAAAUUGAAGAUUGAUAAUCGGGUUGUGUGGUGUCAGCUGGCCUGUGUUGGACCAGUGGGGAAUGUGGGGGGUUUGGAUGGAUUUGGUAGUAGGAAGAUUUCUGUUGGGAAUGUAGGGAAGGAUGUUGAUUCAGGGAAGUUACGGGAGUUUUUUGAGAGGUUUGGGGAGAUUGAGGUGGGGCCGUUGGGGUUUGAUGCCGGGACAGGGAAAAGUAGGGGGUAUGCGAUCUUUAUUUUUAAGAAUUUGGAUAGCGUGAAGAAAGUGUUGGAGGAGACUAAUAAGGUGUUUGAGGGGGUGAUGUUGAAUUGUCGAAUGGCGGAUAGCGGGAGGGGUGGGAAGAGUGUUAGUUCGAUUACGACUGUAGUGCAGCCUUUGUCGAAUGUGGUGGAUCAGAAUGUAGGGUUGUUAGGGCAGCAUUCAGUAUCCAAUCGCUUGUUGGUGCAACAGACGGGUUAUAAUUCUUUUUUGGGAGGAGGGUUGUUUGCGAAUCCGGGUGGAGGUUUAUUGGGUCCUAUAUGUGGACAAGCAUUAAUUGGGGGAAAUCAAUUUGGACAAAUAGGGGGAGGGUUAGGAGGCUAUGGCGCGGUGAUGAUGGGUCAAGGAAUGGAUUGUUUAGGUGCGAAUCAAUCUUUGUUGGGGCCAUAUAGCAGUUCUAGUCCUGUUCCGAUGUUUCCGGGUUUGCUGCAGGCUUACACAGAAACAAAAUUAGGGUAGAGCUUGAUUAGUAAGCCUUCCGAAUCUUCCAGUUGUUAUCUGUCGUACAUGUGAUGUUUUCUAGAGGCUGAACUUAUUUACGACCUUUCAUUACUUUUACAUACAUGGACUCAAUGUUUGCAGAUCCAGCUAAGCAUCAGGAGGCCUUUGGUUCAUUCAGUAAUGUCAAAAAGUAUUUAAACAUCAUUAUGAUUUAUUUCUUUGGUUUCCGGAUGUUUUUGCAAAAAUACUUUUGAUACUUUCUAUCUAAGUGUUUUUGAACAAUUUCCAGUUCGUGAUUGUGCAUGCAAAGUGCACCAGAGAUAAUCCUUCAUCUUAUCUCAAAUUUAUUUUAUUUCAUAUACCUUUUAUUUGACAAUUGUUCCUUGAUUUUGAUUCAGUAAUUAGUUCUUGUAUUUGUCAAGUUACUAUCAUAUAUAUGACAAGCCUGUUUUUUAUUGUUUCUGAUUUAUGGUGAUUUUUUUCUUUAUCAUUG